AUGAAAAAUUAUUUACAAUUAAUUAAUCAAGAUAUGGAUUUCAAUUGUUCUCAUUUUAAUGAUAUUUUAAAUAAAAAAAUGCAUAUAGUUACAAGGGUAAACAAUGAAAUUGUAGCAUAUUUUCAAUUGGUAGAUUCAAAUUUUUGUGUAUUAAAAGAAAUUUUAAAGGUUGUUAAAAUUUUUCCCAAUCAAGAAAAAGAAAGUAUUGAUAAUAAAGUAUUACUUUUAAAUUUUAAUAGUGUAAACCCUAAAUAUAGAUCUGGAAAUUUAUUUUUUUUGUUGAAUUUUUUUGUGGCAUAUAAAUUUUCAAUCGAAAACAACUAUAGUUAUAUUGGCCAUUUAGUAAAUUUAGAAUCUCCUGCUCAAAUUAUAUUGGAAAAAACAGGUUUUAAAAGAGCAUCUUCAAAAGUUUUUAGAAUUCAAAAUGGUUGGGACUCUUACUUUACAAAUAUAGACACAUAUUUUUUCAUCUCUCUUAAUUUACAAAUAAAUAAAUCAGAAUCUUUAAAAAUAAUAAAUAAUUUAAUAAAUUUAUCAAUAUCGAAUGACAAAAUUAAUUUUUAUAAUUUAUUAAAAAAUAAUAUUUUAUUUAAUAAUUUAAUAAAUAAAAUGAAUUAG